AUGGAUAGAGAAGUGCACCAAACCUUUUAUGAUGGAUAUGAAAAUGGACAUAAGGUAUAUUACUCAUUGCGUUCACUAGAGGAAAUAGAGCAGGACGAGGCCUUGAACGACGCGCGGGAUGAAACCAUGUUAUCCAUAGAUUCUCAUUUUAGAAACCUCUCUGACGAGGCUUUGGCUGUUCUUGAGGCCAUCUUUGUUAGUGACGUCCCCAUAGGUGAGUUUCUUUCAUUCCACCGACCCCAAGUGGCAAAGAUGAACCAACAAAGCGACCCAACGAUCAGUCAUAUAGCUAGCAACUUAACAAAGGAAGCUAUCAGUAGCGUAAAAACAUAUCGCAGAAAGUAUGUUAAUCCGAGCUCUGUUCAAAUCCCGCGAUCACGGACUAUUACGCGCAUACUAUCACAAGGACAGAACAAUUAUCAGGCAGUAGAGAGAACAUCACCCACGGAUAAGGAAGAUAGAAGCCUGUCCUAUUCGAACUUUGUCAAUACUAUGAAGAUUGCUAUGAACCUUUCCCCACACGUUUCUACGGAAAUAUUUAAUCUUCUAUGCAAGGGUACACCAAACAAAACCCACUACCUUUACGAUGAUCUUAUCUCCUCCUUCUCAGAUAUUCGGAGUCCUUUGCGAACGGAUUUUCCUCUGGAUGCGGCAUGUGCCAUUUACGCACAGUGCACCAUCCAUUGGCUAGACCUUCUCAACUAUCUGAAUGCGCGUGCAGGGUCUAUCUCUGAACAACAGCUAGGGAUUCGGCUCGAGCCUGUGCCCACCCCGGACUCUUUCUGCCACAGGUUAACAAUAGACACCUGUCUCUAUGUUGAAGGGCUCGAUAUCUACAUGACUUGUUCUCGCGAUAACUUAGCUCAGUUUUGGCUGCCACCACACCUGAACCUGUCUUUGGGCCAGAUGAAGCAUUUAGAGUAUAUCUUAAAAUUAGAUGAGAUUGCGACUCAUCACUUCGGAUUGAAUCGAGAUUUUUUUGAGAAGCUUUUGUAUGACCUCACAGAGCUGAGCGAUCCCGCUGGAAAAGCGUCUGCAGACGGACAGGACGCCAAGGGUGACCACCAAAGAGGUCACAUUCUGACGGCAAAGCAUAGAGCUGAUUUCUCUAGUGAUGGGCGAACAAAGCGGGCUAUCGAUACAAUUUUAAAUCUCACAAAAUUCCUUGAUAGAAUGUCUCUUUAUGACCUUCAUGCAGAAGAUAUUUCGUGGCUCAUAAAGUUGAGCAACACAGAUAAUUCAAUCAGCUCUUAUCUAAAGGCGUCUGAUGCCGACAUACAAUCAAUAGGAGGCACAGAAGCACAAGAGCUAACCCAUAAUAAGGUGGACUUUUCCUUGAUUAGGUCACUAACCAAUCCGGACACUGAUAAAACUGUUCUUCCAUUAAAGGACAAUACCAACUUACCAAGGCUGAUUGUGGAGGACAAAGAGUCGCGGCCAGAAGCCUACAAGGAUAGCUUCACAUAUUCACUAGUCACAGCUAUAAGGGAGACAGAUAAUGCUCUUGUUUCACUCAGGCCACGCGGGACUAAGAUCAAGAGAACCCUGAAACCAGAGGUGCUGGCGCACUAUGGACCAAAAUUCGUUCAAGACCUCAUCGAGGAAGAGGAGCAGGACCGUCAGAAGGAGCUCGAACUGCAGAAAAAUAUCGAGCAAGCCAGGACAAAGUACUCCAAUAAGACACUACUUAUUGGCAACUCUAGAGUUAUUAAAAGGAUCAAGGAAGAAUUUGGGCUUAGUGGGGCCAGCGCAGCCAAUGAAGACGCCGCUGAUGUACCUGGAGCAAAUCUAGGGACAGAUCCUUUAGCUUCUGGCCGGACACAUCAGCGGGUCCACAAGGACUGGGCAGACUCUGUAGUCACAAGCGAACCACCAUACGAGACAGCAGAUAUGAGCAUUCCUGACUAUCGUGAUGGAUUCGGUGGGAGCAAGUAUGUUGGCCGCACUAUCAGUGGCACGGCCAGAGCGGUAAGCGGUACAGGAUCCUCUCAACAAGGAAGAGCAUUCUCGGCUCUCCAGCGGCCGAGCUCAAAUAGAGCAAUGCAUUCAAGCAUGUAUAUUGCCCAGCAUCUCUCAAAUUCAGCGGUAUUGGGGGACUCAUCCAGAAAGCAGCAGCGGGAUGUCAGUGCCCGACCCAAUCAGAGGCUACCACGACUUAAUGAUACAGACGAAGAUCAGCAAUAUCUAAAUGCUACUUCUUCCAAAGAGGGAACGCUUGCCGCACGGAUGAAGAUGCUUUCCCGCCCGGCAUCUCUCUCAGCUCAAGCCCCACCACCCCCCAGUAAGCAGAAUACCUCAUCUUAUCAACGUACGCGAUUUAAUAAGCACGAGUUUGAUAACGAAGCUCACGCGGUGGAGCAUCCACUGUCUAAGCUGAAGGCACAGUACCUACAGGCCUCGCAAGGAGACACAAAGGCUGAGCAAAAUCUUGAGCGGACCAGGCAAAUAGUCAAAUUGUCAGAUGCCGCCAUUCUUCGGCAGGUUCGAGCAUCAACAAACAUCGCAGUUACAGAGUAUGUCAAUCCUCUUUAUGAGCGAUUAGAGCGACACAAAGUCAUGGCUGAGAUGGAGAAGUCUACCAAGUCAAAUGUCGUCAGGGACGUUCAGGCUACUAACCCUGCUUAUGUCGCAUCUUGGGCGAGUGCUGCUGUGUACGAUAAAGACAACGACUGUCUUGUUAUUUCCUGUGAGGGAGGGUGUGUUCGGCUCUACCGUAUCAGCAAAGACUUUGACCUGAUCAAGAAGGUACAGGUAGCCGACACGUCUCUCAAUACACUCUGCUCUGUGUCCAGAACAGUGUCGAUGCUUUCUAUAAACGAAUACGCGGACACGCUGAAAAUGCUGUUUAUUCAACUGCCUACUAACACAGCCAACGACUUAUUAGACAAGUUCAAUCUACAGCCCAUCAAGGCAAGACUCUGGUCUGCCAUUACGAACGAUCACUACAUUUAUACUAGCGAAGGAUUCGGUAUUUAUGACGACUAUCUAUUCAAUAAUACAUUCACCAUAGAUCUAGGGCAUAAGUCACUUGAUCUAAGUGCGUUAAAUAUUGAUUCCUCACCUGCGAUAUUCCGAUCAACAGACGAGCGAGAGAUCAAGCAGCACUACAUUAACGGGUUAGACUUCGCCAUUUCUCUGACCAUUCCAGGGUAUCUUUCUCCAAGUAUUGCACCUCGUAACGGCGAACGCCCGUGCAAGUCAAAGCUAUUUGUGUCCACAACCUCGAACGCCAUAUACUUUCAGCUGGGGAAGGAGGACAUCCUCAAGCCAGCUGCCGUCGUGACAAACUACUUGGGCGAUCCCUUCCUUAUUGGUACUACCAACAAGGCUGAUGCAAUUCUACUGGGUGGCGAAAGAAACAAGUUCGAGGCUCUUCUGCCAGAUGGGCCGCCAACCAUAAAUUACAGGACACUGAAUGAGUAUACUAACUUUGGACCGAAUACGCGGAGAGUUUUCCACAGCAUUAGUGUUUACAAUUUCUACGUACUAUAUAAUUUAGAGUUAUUAUUUAACUACGUCCAUGUCAAGAUAGGGGAGAUUGCAAAGGUCUGCCAAACGAAUAAUAAGGAUCUCAUAAAAGCAUUUUUCAAGAGAGAUCUCAGUAUAAAGGUAAGGGGCGAAGAGGGCUAUUUAGACUUUGCCUCAACGAAGAGGCAGCUCAACAAGCAAUCAGCAGCCCGUAAUUUUUCAGAAGAUGUCGGUAAUGCAGAGGGCACAACAAUAGAUGACAUUGUGCAAGGAAUAGUGGAGCAGAUAAUCUCCUCCAUCGAACCUAUUGGUUCUGACUCUGCAAUCUCCCCUAUCUGGAAGGGAGCCGUCAAGGGAAUCGCAAGCUUCAUGAACAGCAAGAAGAGCUUAUGGAUUACAUGCAACCAGCGGUGGCACAGUACUCAUGAUAAUGCAGAUGUUUUAGUAACAGGGCUGAGUAACGGAGAUGUUGUCCUCUGGAACCUUGUGACGCUGCGUCCACGCAUCAUACUGCAUGCAUUUCAUGGCUUUGACGUCACAGCGCUGGCUUUUGACCCAGACAGCAACAUACUGUUCUGCUCAUCUGUCACCGGUCUCAUCAGAAUAUAUAAUUACGAUGUUACCCCGAUACCGAUUGCUGAGUUUAAGGAGUCUGCUUCUGUCUUAAAACUCUUUUAUUCCCAGUCAUCAGAUCUUAUUAUUAUUGUUCUGGUGAACGGUGCUGUGUCCCUUUGGAGCAACCGGCUUUAUCAGCAGAUCAGUCGAAUAAGCACUCAUAUGACCCCAACUACCGCCGAAUGGGAUGAGCGGAACUCUCUUCUCCUAGUGUGCAGCAGAGAAAUCAAGGUAUUUCAGCUUAUUGGUGCCGAGGUGAACCAGGAGGCAAAGCGCGUCGAGAGAACUCGAGAGGAUAAACUGCGACGCCAUAGACAACGAGAGGAAGAGAAGCAGACUCAGUCGCUUUAUAGCGCACUUGAGGACCCGAAAGACUCACUGAAAAAAGAGGUUGCUGCAGAAGACCCACUAGACCACGCUGAGGUAGUGUGCAAUAUGGGGCCUCAUAAGAGCGAAGUUCAGCUUGGACAGAAGAGCAGUGCAGUCGUUAAUCUGCCCAUGGGAAGUCUUGGCUUGCCCAAGUCGACAACUGGCUAUCAGUUAGUUCCCGUUACAGCGCUUGACGAUGUUCCUAACCUGAUUAACAAUCCAAUAUAUACCUCUCAAAAUCCCAGUACUAAACUUGUACAGAGCAACACCGACUCAACUUCCCUGAACACAUCUUUUCAAUCAACUGGCCAAUUUAGUUUCGAUUCAGCCAGUAGGAACGUAUCUGUUAACCCUACCCUACAAUCUACCAACCCCUCUAACAUUCAAACAGCUCAAGAGAAUACUAUAUCACCAAACUACAUAUCAACUAUUGUACCCGAUUUACCCGAUGUAGCUCUCUCAUCUGCAGCUCCCCUCAGACUCACUAAUAUGCCACUUCAGACUACACUGGUCCGCCGCGAAUAUCCAGUUUCAACUCUUGCAUAUAAGCGAGAGGGAGGCGAUAGACCGGACAAUCAUAUUGACAUAGCGAUGAUUCGACAGGUGGGACUUGAUGGCCGAAUAGAGCCCAGCAAGUACAAUGUGCAUGAUCCAUGCAACGCAAUAAAACCAGUUGAUUUAGAUCGUGAUCUCCUUCGUGCUCACUGGGCCAAUAUCGUAUCCAUCAUCGAUGUGAGCUAUUACACCACUCUGAGCUUUAAUGAAGUUGAGCUUUUGACGCUGGAUCUGUUUAAGGGGCUAGAUGACAAUCUAAUUACGUUUCAAUCUGCAUGUGCAUUUGGACCAAAAGGAACAUUCACUGGACUUAGCAACAUAACUAUGGCGCCAAAGCCAGGAGUCACUGCAUUUGCAUUUAACAUGGGAGAAGAUAGAAACAGCCCGGCCUAUCACAGACUGUCUAAAUUGGCAUCUUCAGCUACAAUAGCCUCCGUCCAACCAGCAGUUCACGGUGAUAAUCCUGACGAAACAAAUAGCAAUGACUUCACCCACUCCCCCACCGCAACAGCACAAGACCCAGAAGUUAGCAAUGCACCUACAGAGGCGGAUGACCAGCCAGGCAGAAGGCUCCCGCUGGGCCUUGGUGAGGAUCGCGAGACAUUCACUACUAUGCCUCGCCGCACUUACACCGUAUCUAGCGCUGCGCGUAAUAGGGGGUACAAUUUUGCUUUGGCUAGAGUCUUUAAUAGCGUUGUUCAGGAUAUAAUGAUGGGUGUUUCUCGUAAUGUAGGCGCACCACCCACCAAACCACGGCGGCCACCAUCCUUCUACAAUCCUCCGUCUGAGGUUUUUAUCCCUCAAGUUGCGCAGAAAGCCCUUGAAAAGGACUACACGCCAGGAGAUAUGCGCACAUCUUAUUCAACAUAUGAGCCAAAGACAGAUAACAAGUAUCAGUUAUUGCCUGAAGAGUUCCUCGUUCAUAUGAAGCUAUUUGCACGUCCGUAUCGCAGUAUGGCCUAUCGUCCGACACCUAACAGCACAAGCUACAUGACCAAAACAAAUUCUCAACUGAGAAAGGAGCUUUAUAACGAGUUACACAGGCGGAAAUCUUUGGUUCGAAUCAAAUUUGUACGGAUCGUCAAUGACAUAUAUUUUAGCAAUCUGGAUUUCAAGACUUAUGAGGCACGAGUUAAUUUGGAGUCCCAAGCGCUUCGAGACGAGUCAAACGGGCCCAAGCAUUCAAAGGAUACAAGUGUAGAAUUAGAAGCCGAGAAGUUGUUCCGCUCUCUAGUCUAUAAAGUAGACCAUUCCAAAAGGCUUCAAGACAAAACGUCCUCACUCAGAAGCUCCAAAUUUCAUCCCCACUUUAGUGGGAGAAUAGUGUCCAAGGGGUUGUAUGGAAAUAAUAAGUUUUCCCUGCUUCGUAAAAGCUCUGUGGAUGGCAUGCCGGAUCUUUCUGCAGCAAAUACUAAAACAGUAAUUACCUACAGAAUAGGGGGUGGUUCAGAGGGCGGCAGCCCAAUUAACUCCCUUAUCAAUGAGAUGGCACUCCCUGUACAACCACCUUCUGCACAAGGUAUCUUCAGGCGCAAAGUACCAAUAACAGCAGCUGACACAAGGAACUUAAUAACCUUUUCUGCGAGUGACCUUGGGAGCAUCGUUGAACGAACCCAUUUGGAGCGGGAGCAGAGCAUUGAGACGCUAAUCGCACGCAACAAAGCGCUAGCAAUUGAAGAGGAGGAUGAGCACGCGGGGACAUCUACCUCUGAGACAGAUAAGACAGAAAGCAUUCUUGCUGACGUUCCCAUAAGUGUGAGGGAUUCGUCACAGUCAACCCAAAGCAAGAAGAAGCCUCGGAGUACAGUGCCAAACACAAAUGUGAGUAUAACAAGCGGCCAUGACCUGACGGUGGAUGAACGUGAUUCCACCAUUCACACCAUGCACACAACAAUUUUGACUGGGGAAGACCGUGACUUGACUACAAUGGUUCCAGAAGAUGAUAGGCAUGACAGUCCAAGCUCUCGCAUGUCAAGUAGCGACGAAGAAGGUGACCUAUACCAGGACGACUUCGAAUUCAAUUUGUUCCAGGGUUUGAAUGAAGAGGUAGAGAAGAACACGCUACAAAUAGAGAAAGAGCUCAAUGAAAAGAUUGCCGAACAGCGCAUGUCUGCAGGAAAACAAGCGUCGAAAAGAAAGCUCCAGUUGGAGGCAGAAGCUACUCCCAUAACCAUCCCCUUCAAACCUAUGAAGCCUGCAUAUACCCGAUUAGCUGCUCGUCAAGCCAUGCACAUGCGGAAGAAGAUAGGUGGAAGAACGAGUAACAUAACAGGGAUAGAUAUAGUGAGUCAAAUAGCCCCUAACGUCGUUAAGAAGCUUGACUUUCUACGAGAUAUACUUGAUACCGAACUGAUGCCGGUGCCAACAUCUACUCUAGAAGGUGAGCCGCCUAAACCAGUUGUCGCUCGCAGGAAAGAAAAUAUCCUUUAUGAGACCUCCAUUUCUGUGACUGCAAGUACGAAAGAGGAAGCAGAAAACUUUAUACUUAAGACAGAGCAAGAGCGGGCUGCACGCUACAAAACAAAACUCUAUACAAUAGACAGCAACGGAAACAUCUCCCUCUGGCUUUUAGAGCAACAGUUCGAGCGGGUAUAUGAUUCCAGCAAAUAUGAUGUACAAAGUCUGAAGGAUGACAGCGAUGAAGAGAGCUCUGGCGAUAUCUUGCCGGGACAACCAAGCCUGUCCUCGGUGCAGAAGAGGCCUAGUUCUGUGUCAGCUGGUGCACUUCAUGGCCACACAAACUCUCGACUCAAAAGGAUUGCCGCACUUACUAUUGAUACUACUUCUAGUCCACACUCUGAGCAAGCACAGGCUAGAGCAUCCAGCGCUGCUAACGUAACCACUCGACACACAGGCCAGUCCAAAUUGGUGAAGGGCCUAACUAAAGAGGCCGAUGUGUCUAUAUUCAAGCGUAAGGACAAGAUCGUGGAGAAGCCAACCUUUAUCACCACAUACAAGGUAGAGUUGCCAAAUAAUGUGCAAAUAACAUCUGCAAGCUUUGACCACGCACAGUCUAUCAUUCUCUGUGGGCUGUCGAACGGAAAUGCUCUUGUCUAUAGCAUAGAUUUAACAGAGGUCAUCAGCUCUUACAAUGUUAGUAAUUGUGCAAAAGCUGCUGUCAACUUCUAUCACUCAUGCUCGCCUAGUACAAACAAAGACCAAGUAUGGCGUAAAGAGUUAUUGGAUUUCGGAUCAGUCCUCACCACCGGGUACUUCCAGACAAAGUUCACGGAGGGAUAUUUACGUGACUACAUCUUCACGUCUGGCCGCUUAGCCCUGUGCUAUUGUGAGAGCAACACAGAAAAGCUCAGUAGGAAGUUUGUUAACGAGAAGCUCAACGAAUACAUGAUCAGCCAAGAUAUGGAAGGGUUGAAUUGUCCGCCCAGAGCAAUCCUAACGGGUCACACAGGAGGUGUCAUUUGUAUUGCAAAUUCAAGGAAUUAUUCAUACUUGAUUACUGCAGAUGACGAGGGUCUCUUAAUAUAUUGGCAGUCGAUAGGGGUGGCUAAGGCGAAGCUCUACUUCUCUGACCAGCGUAUUCUUUCUGUUGUUUUUGCAGAAGAGGAGAUAGUGCCUGGAGCGGCAUUUUUGGCGCUGAGCGAUGGAUCUAUCUGGAUAAUCACCCCCAACUGCCGCUAUAGAAUAUUCACAAUCGGUCUUCCUGUCGAAAACAUCGGUCACAACACAAUCAAACUUGCGACGACUGUUGUCCAAGUUAGAGAGCUGGAGGACUCAACGCCUGUGCGGCAGAUGCUACUGGCCAUUUGCAUCAACAACGUUAUCCUUGUGUACCGCAUCUAUGCCAAUCUGAAGCUUGUAGAGGUACUCCGACCAGAUGGUACUCCGAGCGCCGUUCCAAGCGAAAAUGCAACAGCUUUAGCAAAUGACCUUAACCGGAGAGGAUCUAUCGGCAAUUUAUCGGCGAGAAAAGAUAGCCCUCCCAUUGAUGUGGAACUCAAUAGCCCUGGAUCCCGAGUAACGCCGCAUAUAGCCGCGGAAAUGGCUGUUCUUUCGUCGAUCAUAAUCAAGCCCUUGAUCUGCUACGGUCCUCAGUGUGCAUGCUGCAACGGAUCCAGCAUGCAGUUCAUGACAAACAACCUCGGAAUCCUUCUGGGAGGAACGGCAGGGCAUGCCUUUUACCUUCCAAUCUCGCAUGACCUGGGUAUCUUUUCAAAAUUCUAUAGCUAUAGACAUGAGACGCGCACAUAUGCGUUUGUCGGCUUUUCAAAUAUUGAUAGAUCAAUCCUUUUAUCUUACAACAAGUACAGAAAGGUCCUCUCUCCCAUCCCCACGCGGGAGGUAGAAGUGAAAAAGAAGAACGAGUUUACUCUAAAGCUUUUCGAGCGCCUUGAUGAUGCGGAUGCGUCUGUCAAGAAGCUCUUUAAUUGUCAGAUCAAUGACAGUGUAAAGGAUAUCGUGAGGCCAGUCGAAACUGGCCACGUCCAAAUGUCUAAUCAGAUAAUUCGACAGAAUAUCCUGAAGGCGUAUAUGCUAGAGCUCAUGGCAUGA